CCCAAUCGACUAAACGAGAAGAAACUAGAAAUUGGACAAGCAAGCAAACGAGAAAAUUCGGAUUUAAAAUAUGAUAAAUAUGAUUUCAUACCAAAAACUAUUGAUUGUAGAGUAUGGUGCUUUGAAAUAUGCUAA